AAAAAAAGGAAAAAAGGAAAAAAAAACAAUCUACACCUACAAACGCAUCCCUUUUUUUCCCGUUUCGGCGGUGGUUAAGUUCAGUGGCUAACCAACAAAACCCAAAAAAAACUCGACGCUUCUACGAAGUCGAAAGAAUCUUCUGGAACUUCAUUUCUAUCAAUAAAACUAAACCCUAAUACCCUCAGUCUUUGGCUUGCCUCCUUUCCUUAUCCACACAAAACACCACCAUCUAACUGCCCUCUCAAAGCUCAAAAACCCUACUUUCUCUCUUGGGUCACAGAGAAAUGGCAACAUCUAAUGCUAUUUCCACAGCUUCCAUUCUUUGCUCUCCGAAACAGGGGAGCUUGAGGAGGAGAGUGAAUCAGCAGCAGAAUCAUAGGCUGAAUUAUGGGCAGUCAGCCAGAAGAUUUACAGUGCGAGCAAAUGCAAAGGACAUUGCCUUUGAUCAGCACUCAAGGACUGCUCUUCAGUCUGGCAUUGAUAAGCUUGCUGAUGCUGUUGGGCUUACACUUGGUCCUAGGGGGAGAAACGUUGUCUUGGAUGAGUUUGGAAGUCCUAAGGUAGUCAAUGAUGGUGUAACAAUUGCCCGAGCUAUUGAACUACCCGAUCCCAUGGAGAAUGCCGGUGCAGCCCUAAUAAGGGAGGUUGCAAGUAAAACCAAUGACUCUGCUGGUGAUGGGACAACAACUGCCUCAGUCCUUGCACGAGAAAUAAUCAAGCUAGGGCUUUUGAAUGUCACCUCUGGAGCUAAUCCUGUCUCAAUAAAAAAGGGAAUUGAUAAGACAGUCCAGGGUCUGGUAGUGGAGCUAGAAAAGAAAGCUAGGCCUGUUAAAGGUCGUGAUGACAUCAAAGCUGUUGCUUCCAUUUCUGCUGGAAAUGAUGAGUUGAUUGGGACAAUGAUUGCUGAUGCAAUUGACAAAGUUGGGCCUGAUGGUGUUUUGUCUAUUGAGUCAUCCUCCUCAUUUGAGACAACAGUAGAAGUUGAAGAAGGAAUGGAGAUUGACAGAGGUUAUAUCUCUCCUCAAUUUGUAACAAAUCCUGAGAAGCUAAUUUGUGAAUUCGAGAAUGCAAGAGUGUUGGUUACAGAUCAGAAAAUUUCAGCAAUAAAGGACAUUAUUCCCCUGCUAGAGAAGACCACUCAAUUGAGGGCACCUUUGCUUAUAAUUGCUGAGGAUGUCACUGGGGAGGCUUUGGCUACCCUUGUUGUGAACAAGCUGCGUGGCAUCCUUAAUGUUGCUGCCAUCAAAGCUCCUGGAUUUGGUGAACGAAGAAAAGCUAUGCUUCAAGACAUUGCCAUCUUGACAGGAGCUGAGUUCCAAGCCAGUGAUUUGGGUUUGCUCAUUGAAAAUACAUCCGUUGAGCAGCUUGGUUUGGCCAGAAAAGUGACCAUCUCCAAGGACUCUACCACAAUUAUUGCAGAUGCUGCAUCUAAGGACGAGUUACAAGCCAGGAUUGCACAAUUGAAAAAAGAGUUGGCUGAGACAGAUUCAGUUUAUGACUCAGAGAAAUUGGCUGAGAGAAUUGCCAAAUUGUCUGGUGGAGUUGCUGUUAUCAAAGUAGGGGCUGCAACAGAGACUGAGCUUGAAGAUCGUAAACUCCGAAUUGAGGAUGCCAAGAAUGCAACAUUUGCUGCAAUUGAGGAAGGCAUUGUGCCGGGUGGUGGUGCGGCAUUCGUUCAUCUCUCGACUUCUGUGCCUGCAAUUAAGGACAAGAUUAGUGAUGCGGAUGAGCGUCUAGGUGCUGAUAUAGUGCAAAAGGCAUUGGUAGCACCAGCAUCAUUGAUAGCUCAAAACGCUGGAAUUGAAGGUGAGGUGGUUGUGGAGAAGCUAAAGGCUAGUGAAUGGGAAAUUGGUUACAAUGCCAUGGCAGAUAAGUAUGAGAACCUUGUGGAGGCUGGAGUUAUCGACCCAGCAAAGGUGACAAGAUGUGCCCUGCAGAAUGCUGCAUCAGUAGCCGGAAUGGUCCUCACCACUCAAGCCAUUGUGGUGGAAAAGCCUAAGCCUAAGGCACCAGCAGCUGCUCCUCCAGCAGGUCUUACAGUGUAAUAACUAGGAAAGUUUCACACUAGUCGUUAGGUUUUCUGAUGUUAAUGAGAGUUUUGGUGGCGUUGAGCGAUUGAAUCAAAUUUUUAUCUCCUUGUGCCCAUUUUGGACGGAUUGAUAAUGUUAUAGUUCAUAAAUUCCGUCGAGUUUGCAAUUGUUGAAAAUGUGUAAGAUACCGAUGAUCUUAUGUUGCAUUAGGGGAAGAUUUCAUUCUCACUUGUAUUA